AUGUCAUUCGUUCCCAUGGAGGAGGAUAUCCGCUUUAGAGGGCUCCAGGCCAGCCGGACUGCCACCUGGAAGUACCUCGUCUCGGUCUUUUUGCGAUGGGUAGUCACUUUGCUGCUCAGCAUAGCCAUCUGGAAGAUUUUGUGGUUCUAUUCCGAGGCAAUGACCAUCAUGGCAAAACCAGCCACGCGCGACUUUAAUGUGUGGAUUACAGGACUCACCAUCGCUCUCGGUUUGGCGUUUGCUGGUAGUCUUGACAAGUUGGCCAAAGACACACGGUGGUGGAUAUUGUCCCGUCGACACCGAUCUCGCAGAAAGGUGGAAGCCAUCUUGGAGGCUGAAAAUGUGCUAUCUGUUUUGCAGAUGGCGUUUAGCUCUCGACGUAUCACUAUCCACGUCACCGCGUGGUCCUGGUUCUUCGUGUUUGUGACCUCACAAAUCGGUCUUGCUGUCCUCGCCAACAUGUCUGCUGUUCAGCCUCUUGGAUUCGUCUUCUCCGAUAGCCAGUCCAGAAGCGACCAAGAAUAUGCGGCCAAUAUGUACGGUGCCAUGUCACUCACAUACUUGACUGGAGUUCGUGGCCUUGAACCCCAGAUAGGAGACUUGCGACUUGCCUCUGACCCAAAUCUGUUCUGCGACAUUGACGGAUGCGACUUUAUGUUUGUCGAAUCAUCCGUACCGUCGGAUCCAGAGAAAGAAUUGUCCGAGAUGUCAUCAUGGCAACCAAUAAUGGUAGCCACACCACGCAAGAUAGCCAUAUCUACAAAAUGCGACAGCUAUCCAGUCAUAAGUGGCGGCGACGGGUCAUCCACAGAGAUUGAGUAUCGAAAGAAUGCAACCAACGGCAAGGCUCAGGAAACUUUCCGCGUCAAAGUUCCUCUCACCGCCGAGACUGAACAGACAAUCUUCAUUACCAACACAUCCACCACCUGCGGCCCUGGCUGCAGCACCGUCACGGCUCUUGAGACAUCGGCCAAAGACCCCUGGUUUUAUUCAUGCAACACAACCGUGGGCGCUGUAACUAAUGCUACGAUACCAGAACACCAGGUCCCGGAAUACAUUCGGAUUAUGGUAUCUCAUGCCAUCGCCCUCCAAGGCUUCUUGGCCAACUCGUCAUUCAAUACCGACGACUUACAGUACCAAGUUUACCCAGCACAGUCGCCUUUCGGAACUCCUCUCCAAGGAACGGCGCCGGCAAUGGAACUCACCGUGUCUAGAUUCGCAGCAGGUGUCAUUGCAAUGAUGGCAAGGGUCAAUGACGCUAUCGUAGUCGACGGAUUCCCACCGACGAAAGGAUGGAGUCUCAACGUCGACCACUGGAACUACAUAUUGAUCAUUUUGGCUGUCAUUGUCAGCUUCCAGUUCAUGUUCAGCGUGGUUAUAGUUUUCAUGGCCACAAAGGUGGUCAUGCCUCAUGGAGGAGCAACAUCCAUGGCAAAGGUGCUGCGUGCUAUGGCGGCUGACCAGGAUUCUGAUGGGAACGAUUGGAUAUACCGAAGCAGGAAAGUUUCCGCUGACGGAGUUUAUGACUUGUAUCUUGAAGGGCGUCCACGUGCGGAACAGCAGGGCAAAAGCUUUUGA